AUGGCUAGGAAGGCUGCGACGAAAUCAGGCCCGGCCCCAUUCCCUCUGAAUGGCUGCAGCGUAGCUAUCGCCGGCACUUUCCAGGGAACCAGUCAGACGGCCAUUCAACAACGCCUUACAAACCUGGGAGCGACGGUCGACAAAAUAGUAACGUCAGAUACGGAUUGGCUUCUCGCCAAUCAGAAAGAAGUCGACAAGAACUCUGCGAAGGUCAAAGCUGCAACCUCCAACAAUGUCUCAAUAGUCACAAUUGACUGGCUCCAAGAAUGCGAAUCUUCACACUCCAAGGCAGACCAUACGUCGUACCUUCUCUCGCCAUUACCAACGAACACGGGCUCGAACCAGCAAAAGAAUGCCACAGCUGCGAAACGACCCGCUUCACCCAGCCCGACAGCGUCAGCGCCGCCACCGCCAACUAACAAGAAGCUCAAGAAAACGCAUCUGAACGGACUAAAUGCCCAGAUUGGAGAUGGCCAGAAUGCCAAGUCUGUCAACCUUCAAAUCCCAGUCGACGAGUAUUGCCCCUUGACCGCAUACAAAGUCUAUGUUCAACCCGACGGUGAGAUCUUCGACGCCUCCCUCAAUCAAACGAACGCUUCCAACAACAACAACAAGUUCUACCGCAUACAGCUCCUGCACCUUGGGAACCAGGAUUACAAGACCUGGACGCGCUGGGGCCGUGUGGGAGAACGUGGCCAGAGUGCUGUACUGGGAGACGGAUCUCUCCACGAUGCAAUCAGCCAUUUCCACAAGAAAUUCCAAUCCAAGUCUGGUCUCAAGUGGGAAGCCCGUGGGGAGAAGCCCAAGCCAGGAAAGUAUGCCUACAUCGAGAGGAGUUACAAUCCGGAUUCGGAUGAUGACGAAGAUUCCGCGAAGCCUGCUUCCAACGCCCCGGCGAAACGAGACCAAGUUCAAUGCACUUUGGCCAUUCCCGUACAGAACUUGAUGGCGUUGAUCUUCAACCAGCAGUACUUUGCUCAGACAAUGUCCGCCCUGAAUUACGACGCAGACAAGCUGCCCCUUGGCAAGCUCAGCAAGGCCACAAUUAACCGCGGAUUUCAGGCGCUUAAGGAUCUCGCUGCGUUGCUCAAUGACCACAACCUCGCACAUACAGAAUAUGGACUGCCGGUUCCAGACGCCAUCGAGCAUCUAUCCAACAGCUACUAUUCACUCAUACCUCAUGCCUUUGGUCGCAACCGCCCUCCAAUCAUUCAGAGUCACGAUCUCAUUAAGAGGGAGAUUGAGUUACUCGAGAGUCUGGGAGACAUGAAAGAGGCGGCCGCCUUGAUGAAGAGCACUCUCAAGGACGACAGCGGAAUCCACCCACUUGACAGGCAAUACCAAGGCUUGGGCAUGGACGAGAUGGAAGUCGUUGAACCCACGAGCACUGAGUUCGCAGAGCUCUUCGCUUACCUCAACGACAGCAAGGGAGCAACGCAUCAUGUCAAGUACCAGGUGCAAGACAUAUUCCGUAUCAAGCGGAAGGGCGAGUUCGAACGCUUUGAGAAGAAUGUUCUUACCAACAUUGCCUCGAACCGCCGGCUCCUGUGGCAUGGUUCGCGGGUGACAAACUUUGGCGGCAUCCUAGGCCAAGGACUUCGCAUCGCGCCUCCAGAAGCUCCCGUUUCCGGAUACAUGUUCGGCAAGGGUAUUUAUCUUGCGGAUAUGUCCUCCAAGUCCGCCGGCUAUUGUUGCUCCUAUAACUCUGGCGGCACUGCCCUCAUCCUCCUAUGCGAGGCUGAACUCGGCGAUCCGAUGCAGGAGCUCACCCAAGCCUCGUAUAACGCAGGCGAAGACGCGAAGAAGAAAGGUCUCCUCAGCACCAUGGGCAAAGGUAGAACCGGCCCAAGUCAAUGGAAGGAUGCCAAGUGUGUUCACCCGUCCCUCGCUGGCGUGAUGAUGUCACUAAAGAUCGUUCUUUCAAAGCCCGACGUGUCCGUGCGCGCUGGAGACACCGGCGUCAAAAAUGCCAGCCUGUACUACAACGAGUACAUUGUCUACGACGUUGCCCAAGUUCGCCUCCGAUAUCUCUUCCGUGUGCAGAUGUGA